GUCGACGUGUCACUUACGUCAAAUUAAAUUUGCCAAAAUAUAAUAUUUUUCAAAAUAUUUUUGUGGAAGUGAAAUGUUUUCUUAAAUAAGCAUUAGAAAAAUGACCAAUCUCCAAGAGGUACCCACCGAUGAGCUACUGAAUUUUCAGGAUUUUCCUUCUGUCCAUCAUACAAGCGAUUCUAAUACGACUAUUCCAAUAUCUCAAGCACAAAUUAACGUAGAUAAUAACGUCGAAGGGAAUCUAUCUAGAAACGAAAAUGUACAAAGAACUGCUGAAGGAAUUCCAAAUGAGAAUGGUAAUCAAUCGGAAAAGGCCUUCUGGACACUCGAGUAUUACCAAAAAUAUUUCGACGUCGAUACAGCAGACGUCAUAGAAAGAAUUAUGGCAUCGAUAACACCAAAAUGGGAAAACACUUUAAAGAGGCAUUUGCGCGAAAAGCCCGAUUUGUACGGCCCGUUUUGGAUAUCCAUAACAUUAAUUUUUAGUAUAGCCAUUAGCGGUAACAUUGCCAAUUACUUACAACACGCCAAUUCCGAUUACCACUGGAAAUACAAUUUCCACGCCGUCUCAGUAGCGGCCACUGUAAUUUUUCUAUAUGUUGUACUCGUUCCUUUCCUGUUAUGGGGUUUGUUAAAAUGGAGCAUCAAGCCUGUACAGGAUAUCGAAGGGUUAGAUGACGAGUUGAGUCCUGGUAUCUUGGAAAUAAUUUGUGUGUACGGUUACUCGCUAUUUAUUUAUAUUCCUGUCUCGAUGUUGUGGUUCGUGCAAAUUAAUUGGCUGCAAUGGGGUUUGCUGUUAUUCGGUACGUUUGUGUCCGGUUCGGUGUUAUUACUCACGCUGACUCCGUCUUUGCGGCUUUCCAAGCACAAGUUUUUGAUAUCCGUUGGUAUCGUCUUGUUCCACCUGUUAAUGGCUAUGGGUUUUAUGAUGCAUUUCUUCCAGGGUUCAGAUGAUGCGGUUGUACCGCAACCUACUGUACAACCGGUUGUCAAUACUACUAAAAUCUAAUAUGUUUCGUAACUUAAUUUGUAAAUUGAUAAUACCUAUAAGUUAUUUUAAGUUACAAAUUUAUAUUUAUCUAUUUAAU